GGAAGAGCCAGGCGUGGUACCUUUUAAACUGCUGUCUAAUUCUUGUCUCCUGGAAAAAGACUCUGAAGAGCUAAGAGAGCUUGUUCAAAUCAUCUAUCAAUCAUUUGGCUAUGGUGUCCAUUGAGAUGAUUGUGAAAUCUCUCCUGGUCCUUUAUUUUAUGAUUGCGUCAGCAUACACAGCAUCCGCAACUCAGUGUUUGUCACGCCGAUGUCUGGCUAAUGAUUUUAUUGAUAAGGAACUCUAUAGUGCUCCACAGCCUCCAGAUUGUUUUAUAAAUGUGAACCUUACAACCAUCCAAUAUGAGACUCUCUCUUUUAAUUUACAAACUUUGGAAUUCUCUAGUCACAUAAAAGCCUUCAUGGAAUGGAAAGACCCAGAGCUUGCAUGGACAGAUUCACAAUACAAUUUUACUGAAGUUUUACUUCCAUAUAAUUAUAUCUGGCUCCCUAAUCUGACAGUGAACAAUGCCAUUUACACAGCAGUGCAACCACUUUCUAAUGACAUAUUAGUGACACGUGAUGGCACUGUGACGUAUGCCGUACAGAUGUACAUCACUGUGGUGUGUGAUAUGAACCUCUUCACCUUUCCGUUUGUUGAUGAUACAUGCAUAGUGGCCAUCAACGGAUGGAAUCGAAGCUCUUGUGGAUUGAAGCUCCAAUAUGGGAAGAUAUAUACAGUGGGAGGUCAAGACGGGGAAUGGAAAACUUUGGAUGUGAAACUCCAUGGAGGAAGCAGCAGCUACCUUGAAGUCAGUCUGCACCUCAACCCCUUUAAUGCAAUGGUGUCAUUGGUUCUGCCCACUGCGCUCAUCAUGGUGGUCGACCUGGUGAGCUUUGCUCUACCUCUGGAUGGUGAACGCAAUGCUUUCAAGAUCAAGUUGGUGUUCAGCUUCACCAUGUUCCUCCUUAUACUUUCCAAACAACUGCCUGAGGGCGGUCACUGUAGCCCUCUGAUCUAUUAUCACUUUUGCUUCUGCUUGAUGGUGUUGGUUGUGAGUCUGCUGGCGUCCAUGACGUUGUCUCGAUUGGCUAGAACUGGUAGCAUAUGGCCUGGCAGGUCACAAAAGAAGAAUGGACCAGGCAGCUCCAUGACUCAACAAGACAUUGUAUUGCAUCAAAAUGCCACUGAAGUGAGCAUCAGCAAAGCGAACGCUGUGGAGCUGGUGACGGAGGUAACAUCCAUGCAGAAGAUUUCAAGCUUUGUGAAUAUUAUGGACAAGGAUCUAAUCGAGAGAAUGAGGAAACAGGACUACGCAAAAACUUGGGACAAUUUCUGUUUCAUUAUGUACUUGGUCCUGGAUACUAUUUACAUGUUUUGUGCAUUUGCCAUCUUUAAAACACAGGAGUGUAGCAGUAAUAAGCUGAACUUUUAAAACAGCAGUCAAGAGCUUGUAAUUCUCUUGAUAAUACUGUUAACACUUAAAUACUCAAACUGAUGCAAAUAUAAAAUGAUAAAUUUGUAAGGUAAGCAACCUAGCAAAUUAGAAUGUUUGUUAAAAAAAAAACCCAGCAACUUGUCAAUAAAUCAAUAUUUUAUUCACUUUUGCGUGGAUGAAUGGAUCAUUCAUGGGGGCGAGUGAAUGAAACUUCAUGAAUUUAAAAUAACAUUGUGUACAUUUGUGUAAUGUAACCACUGGAAAUGUAAAAAUUUACUUUAAUAAUUGGAUAAAUAGAAGAUUCAAAUAUUCUGUCAAGUUUUGUCAUACAAAAUAUAGCUUUUUACUCGCAGAAAAUGCUUGACACUGAAAAGCAACAUCCUCAUUACCUUGCUCUUAGAUUGCUAGGUCUCUAGUCAAAAACUGUUAGCAGGGUCUUGCUUUUUAUUUUACCAAUUAAAGAAUUAAUUCCCACUUUCACAACAUUUCAUUUUAAUCAGUGUUGCAGUCACACCACACUGUAAAGCAUUCAUAGUCCAAUCUCUGCCAUAAGACAUACUUUUUAAUUGGCCCAUUGUUUCUUCUUUGUACCUAACAUCAAACUUUGCAGAAUUGCUCCUAAAAAAGACCAAACGUUUACUACCUUUUAAACCUUUUUUACCUCAGAGCUGUUAUUAAAUUACUAUUAUGUUAUUAAAUUAAUAUAAUGUUAUUGAAUUACUGUGC